CAAUGGGUUCUGGGAAACCGAGGCUCGAUAGUUGAACGACCGCCCUUUUUGGAGCAACGAGAGUAGAACAGCGGUACAUGCGUCGAGGGAAAUAUUAUCGCAAAACAACUUUCUGAAGCAGUGUAGCCAAACUCGAGAGGUGAAUAAUGGCAGCGGAGGUGGAGGUGGAGUUGGAUGGAGGCAGCGAGUACCCAUCACAUUACAAAGUCAUGAUGGACAAACUUAAUGAACAACGACAGCUGGACCAGUUCACAGACAUUACACUGAUUGUGGAUGGACACCAGUUCAGAGCCCAUAAAGCAGUGUUGGCAGCAUGCAGUCAGUUUUUUCACAAGUUCUUCCAGGAUUUUACUCAGGAGCCCCUGGUGGAGAUUGAAGGAGUGAGCAACACAGCGUUUCGCCAGCUGAUGGAAUUCACCUACACAGCCACAUUAGCUAUAGCUGGAGAAGAAGAGGCCUAUGAUGUCUGGAAAGCUGCUGAAUACCUCCAAAUGCAGGAAGCCAUCAAGGCGCUCAACAAUAAGAUAAAUGAUAAUUCUUCAGUGAGAGCGAGGAGCAAAGAAAAAAGGAAGAUUGCUGAGACAUCUAAUGUGAUUACAGAAACUCUACCCUCAGUGGAAGGAGAGCAGGUGGAGAUUGAAGUGAUAGGGGAAGGGGCCAUCGAGGUAGAGGAGUCGGGGCUGGAGGAGGUGGUCGACGCAGCAAAGAAUGCUCAGGCGGCAUCAGAUGACUCAGCUUUGGCUCUUCUUGCUGACAUAACGAGCAAAUAUCAGCAGGGGGAACCAACACUUCAGGUCAUCAAGAAGGGAGGAAUCGAAGAGGAAGUUGUGUAUCAGGAGGAGACAGUGACCGCUUCCAAGGUGCUGGAGAAUGUCGAGGUUGUAGAGGUCCAGAUUUCUCAAGUAGACAACGUGUUCCGCUGCAACAAGUGUGAACGCAGCUUCAAGUUGUACUACCACCUCAAGCAGCACCUCAAAACACACCUGGGCUCUCUGGAGAAGCCCCAUGUGUGUAGCCACUGUGGUAAAGCCUACACACGGGAGGGUGCAUUGAAGCAGCACAUCAAUACGUUUCAUUUUGAUGCGGAGGAGCUGUCUCGAAACCAGAAACCCCAGAAGAAAGUGCACGUCUGUGAAUACUGUAAGAAGCAGUUUGACCACUUUGGCCACUUUAAGGAGCACUUGCGGAAGCACACUGGUGAAAAACCAUAUGAAUGUCCAGAUUGUCAUGAGCGAUUUGCAAGGAACAGCACAUUGAAGUGCCAUAUGGCAGCCUGUCAGAAUGGGGCUGGAGCCAAGAAGGGGCGCAAGAAACUGUAUGAAUGCCAGGUCUGCAGCAGCGUGUUCAACAGCUGGGACCAGUUCAAAGACCAUCUAGUGAGUCACACUGGAGACAAGCCCAACCACUGCACCAUGUGUGACAUGUGGUUCACGCACCCCAAAGAGCUGAAGGCCCACCUCAAAGACGUCCAUUCCAUCGAGGACAAGACGACCGAAGAACUGGUCAUUACUGACUCUGCCGCAACCGCCGCUCUCGCCAUAGCAACGCAGAGCAUAGAAGGAGCCGAGACCGUCCUGCUGGAUGACGGCAUUCACGUCGAGCACGUCACUGUGGAGCCGGUGGAUGUGAUGGAAAUGGAGGAGACGACGACGGUUGUGGUGGAGGACGGAGGGGUGGCGGAGAUGUGCGAGGAGGACAUGGAGAGAUUAAAACAAGCCGGAGUGCAGAUCCAGGUGGUGCACGUGACCACAACUGAAAUUGACGGGCAGCAGGUGGUGAACCCUCAGGUGGAAGUAGAGAUGGAGGGAGAGGUGGUAAACGUUGAGGAGGCAGAACAAGCGGUGACGGUAUGAGGCAGAUGACCUGUAGGAUGCUCUUUCAGUCUUGAAUAGCUACAUUACCCUGAAGCAGACGUCCUAUUUUCCAUGCAGGUCAUUGCAUGUGGGAUACAGCAUUUCACCUCAGUUUAUCCUGCUGUCACAUGAAAUAUCUCUUUUCCCAGCACCUUCCCUCGUUGAACUCUGAGUUAUGGACGGAGUUACCAUUUCUUGCUUUUGAUGCUGUAUUUAUUUCAAAGUUGUUUGCCAUCUUCUCCCAUAUUCUCGGUGUCUUCAGUGCUUCAUCAAUCCAUUUUCAUGUGUCAUUUUCUUUAUGUUGAUAUUUUAUCUCAAAUUUAUAUUUUAUUUUUUGAACUUGGGUCAGUUGCCAUGGCAAUUUCUACAGUGAAUGAAAUGUUGCAGCUCAUAUAACUGUCGUAUGCCGCCGAUGUUUCUCAGUGUUAAUACCCCAAUUUUGUUGAUGUUUAUUUUCAUAUUGACUUUUGGUGUUUUUGUAGGAAAGAAAAUCUGACACAGAAUAAAACUGGUUUUGACAA